GCGCACCACACCUCUCGGUUCUCUCACUCUCUCCCACUCCCACCGAUACCUGUUACCUCCCCUCCUAGCACCGCUACCACCACCACCACCAUCAGCGGCCUGGGUUGGCGACCAUUUGUUAUUAUUAAACCCGGACCCCGUCCGACCACCCCCCUUCCAUCUAAGAAAGACCCUCCUCGGUUUCCCUCACACUCCUUUCUCUGUGUCGUGCAGAGUUGUCGUGAGGAGUUUGGAAAUAGCUUCCUCGACCUCGAAUCACCAUUCCGAAUACCCUCAACCUCCUCCUUAUCCUCCCGACCCGACUUCGACUCUCCUCUGUCUUCGUACGAGGAGCCCUCCGAAAUCUACACCCCGAGAAAAGAGAGCCACUGUCCCCGGUGAGCUAUCUCUAUCUCGCUUCACGCCAGAAACACCAAGGAGGAAAAAACUGUGAGUACCCUCUGUUUGGCCACCCUUCAGGAGAACAACAACACCAGGAAACCAGUACCAUGGUUCUUGACCACUGCCUUUUGCCUCUUGCCCAGCUUGUUGCCUCGUUUUUGUGACUCCUCACUACACUGCCUGCUUAUCUUGCCGCUUCGUUGGAGGAGAGGAAACGAGAAGGGGAAAUCUCUGCCUCGCACACUGCACUUUGCAUCCUGCACCACUCACUCACUUGCUUUGCUGUUGGCUGUCAUCUUCACUGUCUGCCUAUGUUUGCCUUUGCCUGUAUCAUCUGUCACUCACCACCGUCGGCCGCCCCGUGUUUUCGAGAGUUGGCAACACCACUUCACAUUCCCCUCGUUGUCCUCGGCGUCUUGUACUUCCCCCCUCAAAUUCCAGCGUUGUGAGACAAAACCGCUCCUGCAGCAUCUGCAACGGGGAUACAUCGCUCGUGGUCCCUCUCACGAGCCUCCUCACUUUUUCCGACUGUGUUGCCUGCGCAGAGUGUCGCAACGGCGCUUCUUGUUCUCCUCGACUUCUCACUCCGAAUUUCCCACCCUCACCUGCCUGAAAAGCACUCAGCCACGCAUCAACGACAUACUAACCCUCCUCGUACAGCCUGCGGUGAAACCGGUCACGACUGGCCUUCAUCGUCCGACCUACCAGCGAUAUCUGGUUCUAUAGAAGAACGAUACCUUCUACGACCAUAUUAGGCGCCGAUACUCGCCGUUUCCCUCCUUUUCAACCCCCAAGAUACCCAUACCCUGUACUCCGUCUGCCCCUGAUGCGUCCUUGAUCAUGGAUUCGGAAGACGGGGAGUUGUUCAUAAAGCAACUGGCCAGCUUUGUGCGCACGCACGAAAAGGCUCUCGCCAACGCCUUGCAAUUCCGAAGACAGGCUGCCUCUCGCCAUGGCUCCUCUCAGAGCGUCAGCUCCAUUCCCACGCCUCAAUCACCGGUCGUUCCCGAGAGACCCUCGACUUCGGCCUCAACUUCGAGCGGACUCGCGUCCGCUCUUUCCCUCGGUUCUCUAAACUUCACCUCGCACACUGUCAAGUCGGCGAAGCUAGCUUUGACGCCGCACCAUCUGUUUUACCUACUAUCUCGAUUCGAAGAACUCGCCAUUCCCGUUGGUCCCAUGAAGAUUCGUCUCGAGAACCUACACGAUAGCUCAACAUCCGCCAACUAUGUCUCCUUUUUGAGCAACACCCAAAGAUCCCGAAGCCGCGGCUCCGAUGUUGGUUCUAUCCAUUCCGUAUCUAGCGUUCGAAGCGUCAUGUCAGGCAUGUCGGCACUUUGGACGAGUUUUGGCAUCGGCGCGAGCAUUUCGGCCGCCCGAACCGAGCGGCAGAAGGCGGCCACACAGGCCGACCUGAAAUACCUCUACUCGGCCUUCACCAAAAUCCCUUGCCUUCGCCUUGCCCCCGACUGGCGCGCCCGGCUGAUUCGCGGCUACGAGGAGUUCCCAUUCGACUCAGCAGUACCGCUUUAUGUCUUCAAGAAUGUCCAGGCCCUCGAGGUGAACAGCAUCGACUUCCGACAAUUCUUUGGGUGGGACCGCAUGGCCGAGCAGCUGAGAUCGCUGACGCUGAAGCGCGCUGGUGUUGAGGACCCUGCGGAUAUCCUGAUUGACAUUGUGCUUGACGAUAUGGACAAGCGACGGAGAAGGACGUCGAAGCAACAAUCAUCGCCCACUACCCCUUGGCCCGCAAGUUCCAGCCCUCGCAGAAGUCCCACCAUUCCUCACGCUGAACUUCACAAGUCACCCUCAAUGCCGGGCUCACCAGACCCGCGCAAUUCGAUUGGUGACCUGGGCAUUGGUUCUCUAAGCACACAAGACCAUGCUGUGGAUGAUGUUCACGGUGAAGGCAGACGGCCAUCUCUGGCUCGGGCGGAAACGUUCGAAGCCAUGUCGCCUCCAAAGGGAUCUAGACCGCGUAGCAAUUCACCUACUCGCCCAGUCAGCUCCCGCAACCCCUCCCACAUGAGAGGAGGUCACAAGGUUCGUCGCUCCGGCUCUGGCAGCUCGCAUUCGAGUCUUUCGGACUCGUGGCACCACAGCCGCGCCAACAGCUCCUCGAAUCUUUUGAGCAUGGGUGUUCUUCCAGCAUCAAAGUGGCGGUUCUUGAAGCACCUCAGUCUGGCCGACAACUCCAUGACCUCCAUCCCUGCCACCAGCUUGGUUCCCCUCGCAAACACCCUUCACUCCCUGGACUUGUCAUCCAAUCUGUUCACUCAGAUCCCCGACAGUCUGGCUACCCUUACCGCACUUCGCGCACUUAACCUCUCACACUGCAUGAUCGAUGGGCUCCACUCCCUGACGCGCAAUCCCCUCCCGGCCAUCUCGGCUCUUAACCUCCGCGCCAACCGCCUGCAAUCCAUCGCCGGCAUUGAGAAGCUCUAUCCUCUUGAGCGAUUGGACCUUCGCGACAACCGUCUGUCAGACCCCAUGGAGCUGGCCAGACUCACUGGAAUCCCUGACAUCCGGGAGAUCUGGGUUGAGGGCAACCCCUUCACCCGCACCCACAAGGAUUACCGUAUCACAAUCUUCAACCUCUUCCGCAAGACCCCGGGCUACACCGAGGACGUUGUCAUUGACAACUGCGGUCCCACGUAUUCGGAGAGGAGAUACUUGGUUGAGCGUACUCCGGUGCCCGCCGCCGUGCCGGUCGUGAAGCCCGCUCCCGCCGACAUCCCGGCUGUUGACGUCAGCAAGCCAGCCAUCAUCUACGACAUCCCCAAGGAGCCCUCAGUUCUCCGCAAGGAGCGUCCAGUCCCCAAAGCUGUUACCAGCGAGGUGAACACUAGCUCUACUCGCCGCCGUAAAACACCAAAGAGACGGAUAGUAGACCUUUCUACCACGGAUGCCUCUGUGACGGUGACUCCUGGUAUCGUGCCGUCACCCCCUUCGGACGUCAAGGUGCUCGCCUCCGAUGCCACAGCCACCGCAGUCGGUUCAGACACCAACAACUACCGUAUUUCGCAGGCUCCUGAGAUUCCUCCACUUCCCUCUGCCAUUCUGGCCGACAAUCGAAAGGCCAACUCCCAACCUGAAGUUCCCCGCAUAGACACUAGCGUGGUUCCCGAACUUCCCCCCAUCUACACAACCCGCGAUGCUCCGCCAGACUCCCAGGACUGGGAUGUCAGCGGGGAAAUGUACCGCCGUAAGAUCGAGGCAUUGCGGGACAAGGUUGGGAAUGGCUACCUCAGUGUGCUCAGUGAGGAGGGCUGGGAUCCCUCUCGCCCGCCAACAUACUUGGUGCCAGACUUCAGCCCAGCCUCGACAGUUCGUCCCAGUCCUACUACCCCUCGGACUAACUCCCAUCACCACCCCGCGGCCAUUCAUAGUGGCCGCACCCUUGGCUAAAGGAAAAAAAAAACUUGCCCUUUCUACAUGAUACCCUUCAUGAUACCCCCACCCCCCUCUUGAGGUUCGAUUCUAUUGUUGGGCUGCUUUCUUGACUUCUCCUUCUGCAGCAUUGCACAUGGCAUUGCCACGAGCAUGGACGUUGGCUUCACCUCCAACCAUUGUGUUAUUCGUCAUUUUUCCCCAGCAUGGUAGAGCAUAGCGUACAAGGCGUUUUGGUUUUGGCGGUCGACUGGUUUCAGUCUCCGCAUUUGUCUCUUGAUACUGAUUGCACCGCCUGAGGUGGUAGAAGGCCACAGUAGAUCUUGUCGCUUUCCCGUCUGUUUGGUUUCUUGGCGCGACCUCAACACAGAGGUCUCUCUCGGGCAUCACGGGGAUGGGAGGGAUAAAAAGCGAGUGACAUUGGGCGCGAAGGCAUCUUCUUUCUUCUUCUCUUCUUAAGACUUGUUUACCUUUCAUAUUGCAGGCUUCAAUUUGGCGUUGGCGGAAACACAUGUCGAGUGGCUUUAGUCAUUUCUGGUUUCAUGGGGCACGAAAAAAAUCCCGCAUGAGUUGCAUUGUGUGUUUGGUUAUGGUAGAUGAAUACUUGUCCAUAAGACAAGCUGGUGGAUGGCUUCUAAUACAUGAUGAAACGC